AGAGAGAGAGACAGGAGGCCGAAAGCAGCUCGGCUGGGCUGCAGAGAGACUGCGGCGGUGUCUCCUUGGAAGCUGAGCUUUCCUCCCGGGGGAUGAGGAGCCGGCCGUGACCCGGCGUCGGGAAAAGGAGGUGGGAACAGCGGCGAGGCAAACAUGCUGCAGCGGAAAACAGGCGGUGGGGCUGGGGAGACGAUUCCCAAACACCUCCAGCGGAAGAUCUGCAUCGCUUGCAAAAACGACUCGCCCGGGAUGUAUAUUUUUCUCCCUCUAUUUUAAAGCAAAGAAAAAGGAAGGAGGGAGGGAGUGUGUGUGUGUGGAGAAAGUAAAACCAAGACGGAGCAUUAGAAUUAGAAACCCAGUCUGAAGGCUGCGGGAAGAGGGACCGAACCCUGUUAGCAGCCGCAUUGAGUGCUGCUGGAGACGGAAAGACUUCCUGCGUCUUCCUGAGACUGCUGGGCUGCUCGGGAUGACUGGAUUGAGCACAUCUUUCUCCCUGAGAUUUUAAACGGAGAGACGUCAACCUCAAGAUAGAGCCAAAAUGUCGGGUUCCACAAGGGAGCAUAUGUCUUUUGUACGACGUAGGAACCCUCAACUUCGCUACACCCUGAGUCCUGAAAACCUGCAGAGCCUAGCUUCCCAGAGCUCCAGAUCAGAGAACUUGAAUUUCCACAGAGCCAACAGUGACACAGAUUUGGUGACAUCAGACAGUCGUUCUAGUUUGACGGCUAGCAUGUAUGAGUACACACUUGGACAAGCACAGAACCUGAUUAUCUACUGGGAUAUUAAAGAGGAGGUGGACCCCACAGACUGGAUUGGACUGUAUCACAUAGAUGAGAUUUCCCCAGGAAAUGUUUGGGAUUCCAAAAACCGGGGUGUAAAUGGAACACAGAAAGGGCAGAUUGUGUGGCGGAUUGAACUUGGGCCAUAUUUUAUGGAAGCUGAAACUAAGAUCUGCUUUAAAUACUAUCACGGUGUAAGUGGAGCACUACGAGCCACCACCCCAUGUAUUACAGUAAAAAAUCCAGGUGCUAUGGCUGGAGGAAGUGAACUGGGGGAAGGUGGAUCUGAUGGUCAGGUCAGUCGAAAACUUGUCAAGUUCAUAUUAUUGGAUAUCAGAGCCGUAGGGCUCAAGAAGGGAAUGUUUUUCAAUCCAGAUCCAUAUCUAAAGAUGUCCAUUCAGCCUGGGAAGAAGAACACUUUUCCUACAUUUGCUCAUCAUGGACAAGAGAAGCGAUCGACAAUAGUGGCGAACACAACAAACCCUAUUUGGCAAGGAGAGAAGUACUCUUUUGUAGCCCUUCUCACAGAUGUACUUGAAAUUGAUGUUAAAGACAAGUUUGCUAAGAGUCGUCCCAUCAUAAAGCGCUUCCUGGGCAAAUUAACCAUACCGGUACAACGUCUUUUGGAGAGACAUGCAAUAGGUGACCAGAUUGUAAACUAUAACCUGUGCAGAAGACUUCCUACUGACCAUGUCAGCGGUCAGCUCCAGUUCAAAGUCGAGCUCACAUCAUCUCUUCAUGAAGAUGCUUCUCCUGAGAUGUUGGGUGCUUAUCUUGGAGCAAAUGCCGUAAAUGGAGACUUGGGCAGUCCAUCUGAUGAUGAAGAUAUGCCAGAUCCAUUAGUAUCAGCAGUACAUCCUGACCAGAUGCAAGUUUUUGUGAAUGGAUCUAUACAGAAUGGAAGUGGGGCAGUGCACAUUCCAAGUGCAACCCGUGAAACUGGGAGCAUUGAGAGUAAAUAUCCAGUACAUGGUGAAACUUCAGUAGCAAGGCCAUCCCCAGCAAGACUUCCAACCUAUCGCCAAGAAUCACUGAAUGAUUAUCUUGAUACAGUUGAUAAUGAAAACACCAAGUCAAGUUUGGCAGAAGCCCACUUGCAUCAAGUUGGAGCUUCUCCCAAACUGAGAAGCAGUUUUCCAACAGACACUAGAUUGAAUGCAAUGCUUCAUAUAGAUUCCGAUGAAGAAGAUCAUGAUGUCUCCCAAGAAUUGCCUUGUGGGUUCGAGUUAUCAAGAGAAAGUGAAGAAAAUGGCAUACAAUUUAAAUGUCCUUCUGAUGAAAUUGGUGAUGAAGACCUGGUGAGUCAGCAAAACAGAAAUGGUGGCCAACUUCAUUUGAGAGAGUCUUCCGACUCCCAGAUAAAUCUAAUAGAAACUCGAGAGGUAACCUCAGAUACGGCACAUGAACAGUUAUCAGACUCUCACUAUGACAAUCUUCAUCAGUUGCUAUGCAGCCUUUCUUCAGUAGCACAGGUUGGAGAGGAAGAAGGAGAUCAGGACAGCCACGAAUUACAGGGGAAUGAUAAUAUUGUAAGCAGUGCCUGCCAAGAAAAUGAACCAAUUCCAGAAGCUUCCAGGACGAUUGUUGGUCAAGCAGCUGAUGCUGAAGUCAGUGCAGAGAGAUUGCUCACCCAAACGGAAUCAGUGGAUCAAGCAUCAGAACGAUCCCAACUGUCUUCAGAGAAUGAACAAAGUGACACAACCCGUACGGAGAGUGUUAGUGAGGCCAGCACUAGGCCCGAGGGGGAGAGCGAUGCGGAAGGUGCUGACAGCUCGUGCAAUGGAAGUGGCAACACGACAAGGGUGUCUUCAUCUGUAGAAAGCACCACACGAUUUUCCUCUUUUGAAAGUGCCAGGUUCUCAGAAACUCCGGCAUUCUCUUCGCAGGAUGAGGAAGAUGGUGUCUGUCCAACCGAUACAGUGGCUGAUGUUCGUGCAAAAACCCAAGAUUCGGAAGGUAUUACAGAUGUUCCAGUGAGUGAAGAAACUGAAAGUACCAGUGAGGUACAGCAGCAGGAGCCCGCAUCCGAAACAGAAGAAAUUUGGCAGAGGAGAAGGAGUCUGCAGGCAACAGCUGGUGAUCUAACACAGGAAGAAGAUACUAGGUCUGCUCAAGCAACUCCAGUGGAGACAAGUGAAGCAAUAGCAGGGACUGAAGGUGAUAAUCCAGAUUGCUCAUCAAGUUCCCACCAGCCUUUGAGAUCCUUACCCUCAGUGCGGCAGGACGUUACCCGUUAUCAGCGUAUUGACGAACCACUACCACCAAAUUGGGAAGCUCGGAUUGAUAGUCAUGGUCGAAUCUUUUACGUAGACCAUGUGAACAGGACAACUACUUGGCAAAGACCCACAACCCCAGCCUGUCAACAAAUUGUUCAACGUUCCAAUUCAAUCCAACAGAUGGAGCAACUUAAUCGAAGGUAUCAGAGUAUUCGUCGAACAAUGACCAACGAGAGGUCGGAGGAUUCUGGCCAAGCCAGUAGCAUUGAAACUGGAGCAGGAGAUGAAAGUCACUUUCCUCAUUUUAGUACAGCAGAUUUCAGAAGAGAGCCCACACUCUCUCAUUCUGCCUCCCGCUCCCGGAUGAAUCUACUGCUGCAGUCUCCUCCUGUCAAAUUCUUCACCAGUCCAGAAUUCUUCACAGUGCUACAUUCAAACCCUUGUGCCUAUCGAAUGUUUACAAGCAAUACGUGCUUAAAACACAUGAUCACCAAAGUGAGGCGGGAUGCCCACAACUUUGAGCGCUAUCAGCAUAAUCGAGAUCUGGUUUUAUUCCUGAACUUAUUUGCUAAUAAACAGCUGGAACUCCCAAGAGGCUGGGAAAUGAAGCAUGACCAUCAGGGAAAGCCCUUUUUUGUUGAUCACAAUUCCCGUAGCACCACUUUCAUAGAUCCACGGCUUCCUCUUCAGACUGCAAGACCCUCAAUCGCAUUAGUUCAUCGACAGCACUUGCAAAGACAACGCAGCCACAGUGCCGGUGAGGUGGCAGAUGACUCUCGUCAUGCAGGCCCUCCAGUUAUUCCCAGACCAUCUAGCACAUUUGGCACCAUUAGUCGAAACCACAAUCAAGACUUGGUGCCAGUGGCUUACAAUGAUAAAAUUGUAGCAUUUCUGCGUCAACCAAACAUCUUUGAAAUUCUUCAAGAGCGCCAGCCAGACCUUAUCAGGAAUCACUCACUCAGGGAGAAGAUCCAGUUUAUCAGAAACGAGGGAACUAGUGGAUUGGGGCGCUUAUCCAGUGAUGCAGAUCUUGUUAUGCUAUUAAGUUUGUUUGAAGACGAAAUUAUGUCCUAUGUGCCACCCCAUGCCUUACUUCAUCCUAGUUAUUGCCAGUCUCCACGUGGCUCCCCUGUAUCAUCACCUCAGAACUCCCCAGGAACCCAACGUGCCAAUGCUCGGGCUCCAGCUCCGUAUAAGAGGGACUUUGAAGCUAAACUCAGAAACUUCUACAGGAAGCUGGAAACAAAGGGUUAUGGACAAGGACCAGGAAAGUUAAAGUUGAUAAUCAGAAGAGAUCACUUGCUUGAAGAUGCGUUCAAUCAGAUUAUGGGCUGUUCCAGGAAAGAUCUCCAAAGAAAUAAGCUUUAUGUUACAUUUGUUGGGGAGGAAGGAUUGGAUUACAGUGGCCCUUCUCGGGAGUUCUUUUUCCUGGUGUCCAGAGAACUCUUCAAUCCAUAUUAUGGCUUGUUUGAAUACUCUGCUAAUGACACUUAUACAGUGCAAAUCAGCCCUAUGUCUGCAUUUGUAGACAAUCACCAUGAAUGGUUCAGAUUCAGUGGUCGAAUCCUUGGUCUUGCUCUUAUCCACCAGUAUCUGCUUGAUGCCUUCUUCACAAGGCCAUUUUACAAGGGCCUGCUUAGAAUAUCCUGUGAUCUGAGUGACCUGGAAUAUUUGGACGAGGAAUUUCAUCAGAGUCUGCAGUGGAUGAAAGACAAUGACAUCAAUGAUAUUUUGGACCUAACAUUUACUGUGAAUGAAGAGGUCUUUGGUCAGAUUACAGAGAGAGAACUGAAGCCAGGUGGAGCAAACAUCCCUGUUGUAGAAAAAAACAAGAAAGAAUACAUUGAAAAAAUGGUAAAAUGGCGCAUUGAGAGAGGUGUUGUGCAACAAACAGAAAGCUUAGUACGUGGCUUCUAUGAGGUGGUGGAUGCCCGGCUUGUUUCUGUGUUUGAUGCACGGGAAUUAGAAUUAGUGAUUGCUGGCACAGCAGAGAUUGAUUUAAGCGAUUGGAGAAACAAUACAGAGUACAGAGGAGGGUACCAUGACAAUCAUAUAGUGAUCAGGUGGUUUUGGGCUGCAGUUGAAAGAUUCAACAAUGAGCAGAGACUAAGAUUGUUACAGUUUGUCACGGGUACAUCAAGCAUACCCUAUGAAGGCUUUGCAUCGUUGCGUGGCAGCAAUGGACCCCGAAGAUUUUGUAUUGAGAAAUGGGGUAAAAUUACCUCACUUCCGAGGGCUCAUACCUGUUUCAACCGGUUAGAUCUUCCCCCAUAUCCAUCCUUUUCUAUGCUUUAUGAGAAGCUGUUGACUGCUGUGGAAGAGACAAGCACAUUUGGUUUGGAGUAACAAGUUAAACAGAAAUGUAAACCUGUUUUCUUCUACUGGAUCUUCUGUUACGGACUUUCAGGAGAUGGAGUUUGAGAUGAGACCAGCAUACUCGUGUUGGUGAAUACGUUGUGGGAUUUGAAUUAGCAAAGAAUUGUCCUUCACAGACUUAACAGGACUUACGAUUGUUAGAAUGAAUGUAGAAGGUGAAGUAAGAUUACUGAGUACAGACAAUCAUUGUGCAUAUUCUGCUGAAUGAUUGUGUGUUUGAUAGAAGAAAUGAAGGGAAGAAACUAAAACCUUGUGCACCUUAUUGUCAUCUUACACACAAUAUUUGGCUACUUCUGUCUACCAUUAAAAUAUUAAAUAUGCUUUUGUGAAGAAGCCACCAAGACUUGCACAAAGAUAUGUCAAUGCUACUUUGGAAUGACUGUGAAAAUAUUAUAAUGGACAAAUUUUUUUUUCAAUAGAGUUUAUCUCAAAGCUUUAAGAGUUGGGAUUAUGUCUUUUUUAAAAAUUCAGUGGCAUACCUGUAUCUUCUAGAGUUCCAAGCUGAAAACAAAUGUACUUGUUAAUGAAGUAAUUGUCUUUAUAUACCUGUUAUUGCAUGGUAUACAAUCACAAUGUAUGGAAAUGUCUAGAAUAACAGCUCCAUUGUCAUUAUGGCACAGUAAAAAUGUCAGCAGUUGUGGAAUUCAAUUUUAUUUAAUCUUUGUAAUAGAUUAUUUACAAGUCCUAUAUAAUCUUUAAACUAUCCAAGCCUUGUUGGAGGGAGAUACCUGUCAGUUCAUUCUUUGUGCUUAUACUAAAUUUGUUUAGAUUAUCUGCUCCAGGACAUCCAAAAGAUUGAUUUCUUUUAUUUUUACAAAUAAUGUUUUCAGAAACAGGGAAAGUCUUUUUUUAAAAAAUGCACUGAAUGUACCAAAGUAAAAAGGGGUAAAAUUGCACCAUUCACAAUAUGUAGGUACGAUGGUAUACUCAUAUAUAGAACAAUGGAAACCAUUUUUAGAGAUCUUCUUAUGUCUUCAGUAAUAGGACUGAGUACAAAAAUAUGUAUUAGGUUGUUUGUAAAAACAAAAUACUUUCCCUUGAGCAAGAUAGAAUAAAUAGAUUUACAGCAAUAGAUCAGACGUAUCUGCUCUAUGCAUACUUAAAACUUGGUUAAUAGCAUUUUCGUUAAUAAGAAAAUAGGAUUCAAUUUAUUAUAAAACAGAGUAUUUUCACAGUACCUGAAUGAAGACAGUUGGGAAGAUUUUGUAACCAAGGUAAUAUAAUUUUACAUAUUGAAUAGUAUGCAAGUAACAGUGAUAAAGACAUGAGGAGAUAUUGCCUUUGGAUCUAAGUAAAAAUGUAAAAAUACUCUGCCACUUUUAUUGUCUAUAUAAAUUUUCAGUAAAUUCUGUUGUUUUACUGCUAAGAUUUGAAAAUAGAACAUACUCGGUCAAGAAUGCUCAAAUUAAUUUAAAAAUGAACUGAAUGCACCUUCUCCAAUUAAUCUUCAACAACUCAAUGUCAAUCCUUAAGGAUCACAAUGGUCUGAAGAAAAAUGGAUUGUACUUUAAAAUAUUACAAAUUUGUCUUAUGUUUAUAUUUUUUGAUCCACCUUGUGAUGGCAAACCUGCCUAGGUCCAUACCUAGACCUCCUGGCUACAAAGUUUGAACUUCUAUAUCUCUUAUUACCCAACUUCAACUUAGCACAUAUUGAUACAAUGGAUCGUGUAGACAGUGGUAAUCAAACCAGUUCAAUUUUUUGAUUUGAAUAUUGCAUCAUCUUUUAAGUAUUUCUUGUCAAUAUACAGAAAUUAUACUAACUUUUAUUUCUUAUCCACUGAUGCACGAGCUGUCCAGUGACUUAUUCAUUAUACAGGAUGGGGUCAAUGCUGUAGUAUCCAUACACAUGAUUGAAUACUGUAAGACGUUGCAUGGAUGUUAUACUUCUUUACACAGAAAGAGAACAUUUAGCUCUAGUUAUGACUUAAACAUUGAUAUUUCUGGUACUCUUAUCCUUUUUUAUAUGGUGUUUAAAAAAAUUCUAUAUCAUUUGACACAAUUUCAUAUUAUAAAUAAAACAUAUAUAUAACACAUGGCUAACAGGACACAAAUCAUUGAAAUGUGCCAUUGCCAUAUUUAGUGUUCUGAUUAAUUUCAAAGUUUCAAACUGUCUAUUGGGAUUAUGCAGAAUUUUGUACACAAUUGCUAUUAAUUAUGCUGAAAAUACUUAAGAUUAUUGUUCUGUUUUUGUCAACUAUGAUUUAAUGGAAAAAGAUUUUAAUGUACUAAAAUUUGAAUUAUGUUGUUUUAUUUUCAUAACAUAUACAUAUUUUAUUUAA